GAAGAGUUUUCGCUGCGUGAGGAUCGUUUGCUGGCGAAUGUGUCGGAUUUGAUUGAGACGAAUCAUCGCGAGACUAUUAAUGUUGUCCGAAACGCGCUCAAUGAGAAUUCAGUGGCCGUAGAAAAUUCUAUUCAAGCAAACCAUAAGUUGAGUGCGGAUGCUGUUUCUCACAGAGUUACUGAAAGAUUACGAGAGCAAUUAACAACGAUGGUGGUACCAGCUAUAGAACGGAUUUGCGCGCAGCUAUUCAAGCAGCUUAAUGACAAUUUCCGUCAUGGUCUUGACCAGUACCUGCAGCAAAUGCGAGCACUGCAAACAGCUACAUUGGCAGCCGUUGCGGCAACCGCUACACCAGCUCCUUCGCUUUCCGUCGGUGCCGACCGACAGGCUCUUGCUCACAUGAUUAAAAAUAACCAAAUACCCCUUGCGUUCGAAACGGCGUUAAACCAGGGUGAUCAAACUGCUUUGGAGUUUGUUUGUAACAAUGUCGAUCCUGAUGAGAUUUUCCGUUAUCCGGGUACUCUAUCACAACCUGUGCUGCUAUCUCUCCUGCAACAGCUUUCGUUACGCCUCGACUCGGACACUGAUCUGAAAUUUCGGUACAUGGAGCACAUUGUCGAUGUCCUCCAACCCCACGACGACGACAUUAGCGUAAUGGUGCCCAAAGUUAUUGAUGGUCUCAUGCAGAGUUUGACUGAUUCCCUCACCACUUAG